UGCCGCCUCACAUUUGACACCGGACGCGGGGAUUCAGCACUUCGCCGCGAGUGUUUUCCCGCGGAUCAUGACCAUCAUGGAAGCGGUGAGCAAGGAGGACGAACCCUUUACCAACCUCUAUGUCAAGUGCUUUCCUUCGCACUUCAAAGAGCAAGACCUCUGCGAGCUCUUUGAUGGCUUUGGCCCCAUUCAGGCUGCAAAGAUCAUGACGGACCAGCGGGGGCGUCAUUUUGGUUUCGUCAAUUUUGAACAGCCAAACGAUGCCAAAGAGUGUGUGAAAAUGAUGCAUUGCAAAGACCUUCGGACUCGUAAAGAACAGCGGGAGGCAAAGAAAUUGGAGGCCGAAGGCAAAGCCCCACCGGUGAAGUUGGAUGUGGAUGGACAUCCUGAGCAUCUUCUUUAUGUCAGCCGUGCCCAGAAGAAGGAAGAGCGGGAAGCAAUGUUUCAGAAACAGCUUGCCGAGAAGGGACUCUUGAAAGGUGCGGCCAAAGGAAAGGGCAAAGGAGAUGGAAAUCCACGUGAUCCCCGCGAUCUCCGUGAUCCGCGGGAUUUGCGGGAUACACGAGAUCCACGAGAUCCACGAGAUCGGGAUCCACGUGAUGGGUUUGGCAAGGGUGGGGUACAGCCUCUGCAGUCCAUCCCCAUGGCAACCCUGCCACGGCCGCACACGCCCACGCUGGUCGAUGUACCCAGCUCCAGUGGCAACUGGAGCACCCCCCUGUACUCGCAGUAUGGCAAUGGAAGCAGCUACACGAACGGGACAAGCCACCUGUCAAGCGCAGGCUACACCAAUGGAAAUGGCAACGCAGGAUGGUCUGAGAGCAAUUGGCAUUCUCAGGCGACCUGGAGCACGGAAUCCUAUGCUGGCUGGGACAGGCAGCAGUAUGGCACCAAUUGGGAUUCUUGGGGUGGCAACACCACCUAUGGGAGCAGCACCUACGGAGGAUGUGAUGGUUUCGACGGAGUCUACAGCAGCCACGAACAUGGCAGCAACAUUACGAGUUACCAAGCGCCCAGCCGCUUUUCUGCUUCGAACUGGCAGAUCUGAGGCGAGAUUCGGUGGACAGUCUCUGGUGCGCCCAGGGGCAUGGCG